ACAUGAGCUCGACCAAACCCUAAAUCAGUUUCUCAUUCACCACUCACAGUAUCUACUCUCAUCACUCAUCACUUUUGUAUUCUCCUUCUCCCACACACUCAAGACUCACACAGCGUCCACCAUUCACAAUUCCUCAAUCUCCUGCCGUCCGCGAUUAACUGCGGCUGGAACUCCGCCGUCCUCAUUUCACCGCGCCUCGAGCUCCGCCGUGCACGAUUCACUGCGCCGCAAGCUCCGUUGUCUCUCCGUCUUGAGGAUCACCGCCUUCGUCUGACCAGCGUCGCAGCCGACCCGCCGUCCUGUUCUCCGAGCUCUGUGGUUUCGCCGUCCUUUUCUCUAGCUCUCCCCUUUGUGGUACCAUUUUCUGCUUCUGUAUUUUUUUUUGUCCCUGUAAACCCUGAUAAUAGUUCUUCAGAGAGGGAAAUUUGCAUAGAAGGAAAAGAAGAAAAACCAAAGAUCAACGCCGCAAAACCUAUCACAGGAAAAAUGGCAAAUGAAGAAGUGAAGCAUCUCGAAGACUGCUCUGUUUCCAAUGCAUUGGGCACUUGGGUAUUCUCAGUGGCAGGAGCUCUGCUGGCGAUUCCGGUGGGGAUAAAGCGCAAAUCUCUGGCACCCCUUGUAUUCUUUGGCACUACUGGUACUAUGCUGGAUAUUAUUAUGGGAAUUAGUGCUUGCGAAAGGGAACAUGCGGAGCGCCAAAUGAAGUUGCUAGAAGCUCAAAGAGCUGCAACCGACACUUCUUUGGUGGAGGCAAACACGGAUUCAUAGUCAGUAUAUAUCUUUCUAAGUUGUCAAAUUUUUUUGGUUUAUUGUAACAAACCAAAUGCACUUCUCUGGUGACAUGGUCAAAUGUUCUAAUUGAUGCUUUUGGAAUUUUACCUUUAAGAUAUGUAAAUUAAAGCAGGUUAAUAAAAUAAGAAAGCAUUUCUUUGCCCAUUUAUAAAUUGCAUAAAUGUUUGGUUUUCUUUUACCAGUAUUAGAUAAUGGUAAUGGAAAAACGACCUUAUUGGAUUCUUUGUAAACUCAGUUUAAGCGUAGCAGUAUACUU